GGAAGGGGCUGGGCUUUAUUUCUCUGGUAGAUCUGGCUCGGAGCCGGAGGUCUGAGCCGUGCUCACCUUCUGCCAGGCUGACCUCCACCACCCUUCCCCGGCCUCUGCCCCCCAGGCUCCUCGCCUGUGGGUCCUCCCAGGAGCCAUGAACCCCAGAGACUUCCGGGGAGGGAGCUCCAAGUCCUGGCUGUGCCUGGUCCUGCUCUUGGCUGCGUGUCUGGGCUUCUACAGCAAUAUUUUCAACCUGAUUCCCAGAUGGGAGCAGAGAGAAGAGUCUCAAAGCCCGGAGGCCCAUCACCUGCAGGACCAACCUGACAGCCUGCCAUUGAGGUAGGAUAAAACACACCGUGGUUCUGCACCGGCUGCUGCUGGAGAAGACGGAGGUCAGUGAGGGCGACUGCCACAUGGACACCUGCAAGAUACCUGAAGUGCCCAGGUUGGUUUACCCCAAGGCUCAGGUCCUCCAGCCCACGAGAACGGAUGUGCUGGUCAUGACCCCGUGGUUUGCUCCCAUCGUCUGGGAUGGGACCUUUGACUCUGCCAUCCUGGACGCCCAAUUUAGAAACACCACCAUUGGGCUGACCAUAUUUGCCAUCAAAAAAUACACGGUCUUCCUGCAGCUGUUCCUGGAGACGGCGGAGAAGUACUUCAUGGUGGGACACAAGGUCAACUACUACGUCUUCACUGACCGGCCGGCGGAUGUGCCCCAGGUCCCACUGCGGCAGGGGAGGCAGGUGGUGGUCCUCGAGGUCCGAAACUACAGGCGCUGGCAGGACGUAUGCAUGCACCGCAUGGAGAUGCUCAGCAACUUCUCUCGGCAGCGCUUCCUCCACGAGGUCGACUACCUCGUGUGCGCGGACGUGGACAUGAAGUUCAGCGACCGCGUGGGCGUGGAGAUCCUGGCCCCGCUCUUCGGGACCCUCCACCCUGGUUUCUACGCAGCAGAUCGCGGGUCCUUCACCUACGAACGCCGCGCGUUGUCUCAGGCUUACAUUCCGAGGGAUGAGGGUGAUUUUUACUAUGCAGGAGGCUUUUUCGGGGGGUCGGUCCUUGAAGUCCACCGGCUCACCGCGGCCUGUCACCAGGCGAUGAUGGCCGACUGGGCCCGUGGCCUCGAGGCCGUGUGGCACGAUGAGAGCCACCUGAACAGGUACCUGCUCUACCACAAGCCCAGCAAGGUGCUGUCCCCGGAGUACCUGUGGGACGAGCAGAUGCUGCGGAGGCCGCCUUACCUGCGGAAGCUGCGGUACGUGGCGGUGCCCAAGAACCACGCACAGAUUCGGAACCGGUGAGCUCUUCUUCUGAGCGCCCAGGCGCCAGGCUGCGGCGCGUGUCGGGGGUCGUCCUGCUGGGGAAGGCACUGGCGGAAGACUUGAGGAGUGGCUGAGUGCACCUCCCUCCGUUUGCUCUUUUGGCGUGGCUCCCACCACUGGUCAAACCAACUCAGCUCUGGGUUUCCAUUCCCCUCUUGUCCCGCGUUCUGUGUAAACGCUGCCCAUCCUUCAAGGUCCGACAAGGUCACCUUCCCAUGAAGCUUUCUUUGCGUCUCUUCUUCCUGCGGCUGAAGUGCAUUGCCGCUCCCUCUGCAUCUCCCUAAGGCGCUAGGUGUCCCCCUUUGGCUGAGUCCGCCAUUCUGCCUGAAUUUCCCACCCGUCUUGCUCAUUAUCGCGUGAGCUCCUGAGGGCAGAGGCCAACACUUGUUCGUCUUUCUAUCCAUCAGUACCUACCUCAGUGCCUUACGCCCAGAAGCUCUCAAGUCACGUUCACAUUCGAAUUUAAGGGCCCCUUCAAAGCCUAGUUUCCCAAGUCAUCGGGCAACUGGAGAGGCCCAGCCUGAAUUCACUGCCUUGCUUUGGUUUGCUGGUGUUGGCAACUUGUUGCUUUCAAUUGCUUGUCGUUUUCUUGUUGAUUUGUGGGAGUCUGCUACAUAUUUUGGAUGCUAGUACUUUUAUUAGACACAUGUUAAAAAUAAAAACACGUUCCAGUUUUUAUGCUGCCAUUUUGACUCUUUUGAUGCAGGUAAAUUUAGGAAGUCAUCCCCUCCUUUGAAAUCAUGCAUUCAGCCUCCUAUGUUAUCCUCCAAAAGCUUUAGGCUUUUGCCUCACACUUAGGUCUUUAAUGUAUUGGAAUUGACUUGUGUGUGGUUUUAAUGUAAGGGACCAAUUUCAUUUUUCUUCCUCCGGACAGCCAUUAUCUGAGCACCAUUUAUUGAAAAUGUAUUUGGAAACUUAUUGAAAAGUUCUUCCCCUUGCUGACUUGUAAUAUCUUCGGUCGCAGAGAACCAGUGUCCCCAUGUGCCUGGGUUUAUUUUGGGCUCUCUAGUCUGUGUUCCAUUUGGUCUAUUUCUCUAUCCUUAUGACAAUAACACACCAUCUUAGUUACUCUAGAUUUGUAAAUAAAUCUUGGGAUCUGAUUGGGCAAGGCCUCCCACCUGCUUUGUCAAGAGUAUCUUGACUGCCCUUGGCCUGUUGCAUUUCCAUCUAACUUUAAAACUCUUUCCAAUUGCUCAAAGGAGGUUUCUGUUAUUUGUUUUUUUUUUAAAUCAGAAUCGUGUUGAAGAUGUCUGGCAUCUUUUUAAUAUUGGAUAUCCCAAACCAUGAGUACAUUUACUUAGGCUUUCUUUAAUGUCUUUCAAUAGAAUCUUAUCAUUUUUCCCAUAAAGAUCAUGCAAAUGUUUUUUAAAAAGAUUUAAAAAUCUUUAAAGACUAAAAAAAAUUUAAUCUGUCUUUCUCAACAUUUUAUUUUGAAAAAGUUAAGACAUACACAAAUUUUAAGGAAUUGUACGGCAAAUAUUCACGUAUCUAUCACCCAGGUGGUACCACUAACAUUUUGCUACGCGCUACGAUUCUUCCACUCACACGUGUCAUCCGUCUACCCUAGCACGUCUCCAUCCCUCCCUCCCUCCCUCAACUCAUCUAAGUUUUGUCUGCAUUUCAGAACAAGUUACAGGUUUCUGUGUGCUUGAAAUACUUCAGCAUACAUACUGUGAACUCGAGUUCAAUAUUUAUUUAGAGUUCUUUUUUUUUCCAGAUAAAAUUUGCACAAAGUGAACGUAAAUUCACCGCACAGAUCUGAAAUGUACUGUUCGGUGAGUUUGACAAGUGCAUACUCCUGUGUACCACAAACUCAACUGAAAUACAGAGCAUCAGUAUCAUCGCCCCCGGAAGUUCCCUUUCCAGUCAAUUCCUGCUCCUAGCCCCCAGAGACAGCCACUGGUCUGACUUUUUUUCACCAUAGAUUCGUUUUGCCUUUUCUGUAACUUUACAAAAACAGUGUCGCAGAAUUCUGUUUGCCUUCUCCUGUUGGCAUUUUAGCGACACUUCUUUGCAUGUUUUUAGUGGUGGUUCUAGGGAUGAGCUCAUGCAUUCUGAACUUUUCACGUCUUACUUGAGUUCAGGUUAUACCAUUUCAUGGAUGAUGUAAGAACCUUGCAGUCACAUAUGUCCAUUUACCGCCUCCCUAUCCUACAUUGUCAUUUGUGCUACAUCCCUGUACAUUACGCAACCCAGACUACAGUGUCGCCAUUCCCAUUUGAAACACUCAUAUUUAUUCUUAAGACAUUAAGAGUAAAAAUUGUCCUUUUAAAUGUCUCAGAUAUUUACCAUUUUUGGUGCUCUUCCUUCCUUCCUUCCUUCCUUCCUAAAUGUCCGAGUUUCAAUCUAGCACCAUGUUCCUUCAGCCUGAAGAGUUUCCUUUAGCAGCCCUUGGCAGGCUGGUUUGCUGGCAACAAAUUCUCUUAAUUUCCCCUUAUCUGGAUGUGUCUGUAUUUCACCUUUAUUCACGAGGAUAGUUUCACUAGUGCUAGAUUCUGGCAGUGUUUUCUUUCAUCGCUUUAAAGAUGCCAAUGCCCUGUCUUCUAACCUCCAUUGCUUCUGAUAAUAAUGCGUUAAUGCUUUGUUUUUGUUUUUCUUUGUUCUUCUCUUGUAAUAAUAGGUUCUUCCCCCUUUGACUGUUUUUAAGACUUAAAAAAAAAAGCCUCUGGAUUCAUCAGUUUGAUGGCACCCGUGUGUGUGUGUGUGUGUGUGUGUGUGUGUGUGUGUGUGUGUGUGCGUGUCUGGCUAGUUACACACGUAUGUUUUGAUUCUGCUUGUGGUUAGCUGAACUUCUGGAACCUGUAAAGUUGUUUUCAUCCACAUUUGGGAAGAUCUCAGCCAUUAUUUCUUUAAAUGCAUUUUCUGCCCAGUUUCCCUUCCCUCUGUCUCUGUGAUUCUGAUCACUUGUGAGUUAGAUCUCUUGAUAUUGUCCGACUGGUCUCUAAGGUUUUGUUCAUUUUCUUCCCCCAGUUUUGUCACUCUGUUUUUCACAUUAGAGAAGUUUUAAAUGUACCUUCGGGUUUUCUUACAUUUUGUUCUGCCAUCUUCAAUCUACUGUUAAGCCUUUCUGAUGAGCUUUUAAAUGUUCAGAUACUAUAUUUUUCAACACUAGAAUCUCCAUUGGGCUCUUUUUCACAGUCACUUUCUUCACUGAGGUUCAUAUUUUUUCUUUCAUUAUGAGCAUAUUUUUCUUUACAUCCUUGAACAUAAUUAUAUUGGUGCCUUUAAAAUCCUUGUCCACCAAGUCCAGCAUCUGGGUCAUCUCAGUGUUGGUCUUCACUGAUUGCCUUGUUUCCCUGAGUAUGGGGGCCACCAACUCAAGAAAACACAUUUCCUGUUUCUUCAUAUGUCUCCUCAUUGUGCAUUGUCCUGUAGAAAUCGUGAUGAUUCAUUGUGGAGACAGAUUCUGUUAUAUUCUUUAGGAAAAUUGUAAUUCUUUUGUUUUAGGAGGCAGUAACUUGGCUAGCUUCAAAAUUUCAAAGUCUGUGUCUUCUGUGGUGGGUCAGAGCUAAAUUGUCUCUUAUUCUUUCAGGAUCCGCUUGGUGGCUGGAAGUCUGUCCCCCACAUGGGUAGUUCACAGCUCCGCCAAAGACAUGGGCUGAGUUUAUACACAAAACUCAGGGCUUCUCCUCUCUGAGUCUCUCAUCUUUGGUAUUUCCCCCUGCAGUUUUCAGCCACUGUGAUUGCUGCAAGCAUGUCCUCUUGUUCUUCAAACCAGUAAGAUGUGAUUUUUUAAAAAACUGAAUUUUAGCUGCAUGUUGCUGAUGGGCACCUAGUCUCAGACUAACAGCUGUAAACAAAAGAAAUCUCUUCUGGUGUUGAUCUCUUCUUCCAAGUGAAGGUUCCCUUCCAAAUCUUCACCUUUGAUCACUUGCCAGAGUCUCCAGGGAAUUCUGUAGAAUUGUAAACAGCUCUUAUACGCAAGAGGGUGGGUUCACUACGAGCUACUCCUCCAUUACUAAAAGCAGAAGCUCUUAAUUUUCUUCCGUACACAUUGCACAUGGUUAGUAAGUUCACUUCUUGGCGCUUAAUGGUUUCUAUGGCUAGCGGAUGUUUUAUUCCUAUUACAAGGGAUCAGCAAACUUUUUCUGUAAAGGGCCAAAUAGUGAAUGUUUUCGGACUAGCGGGCAGGUAGUCCCUGUCACAGCUGCUCAAGUCUGCCACAAUCGUGCAAAAGCAACUGUAAGUAAAACAAACAGAGGAGUGCAGGUGUGUUCAAAUUAAAAUUUAUUUCGGAAAACAGGCAGUGAGCUCGAUUCGGCCCACAGGCCGUAGUUUGCCGAUUCCUGUUGUCACACCAACGAAUUAGUUGCUGCUGACCCGUGGUGUGUGGGAAAGCUCCUUAUUGUACACUGCGCGGAUCAUGCGUCUGGCUAGCUUCUUGAAAUCUUUUAUAAGUCUCAGCUGACUUCUUUCUAAUUGAUUCUCUUGAAAUUUCUAAAUAGAUGAUCCCAUUGAUGGUUAAUUGUAAUAUAAACAAUAAUACUUUUCUUUUUUUUUCUAAUAGUCCUGUUGACUUUCUCUUUUUAUUCCCGCCUGAGACCUGUCCGGCUCUCAGGGUGAUGGUGAACAGGGAGGCGAGUCCACACUGUCGGGGUCUCGGUGACCCCAGGCCAGCUCCUCUGGGGCACGUGGCGAGUGAGCUUCUCCCUCCACUCAGCAAUGCUGACAACUUGGUAGACAUGUGUCCAUGGCUUAGCUCUUCUCCAGAAGUUCUCCUGCAUGAAUUUGGAUUUAUGUAGCCCCACAAAUCACUCUUCUUUGGAUUCCAUCCACAUUUCCACACAGGACGUCUACUCAGGGGUCUGUGCCAUUCUGAGUGGUCCCACCGUGUUGUCCCCUCCAAGACCCCCCUAGGCACGAACACCUCCUGUGGGGCCGCUGCGUCAUCACGCCAUGGGGAAGGGGCUCGGUGUCCUGGGUUCACAUUACCACUCGUUUCUAGCUAGUCUGGGUUUAUUUCCUCUUUGACCCAAAGGUAUUUAGAAGAGUAUUUCUCCCCAUGGUUAGUUUAGUUUAUUUUUUGUGCAAUGCUUUAGUUGUUCAUUUCUGGAUUCACCGUUUUUUUAGUCAAAGGGUAUGACCUAUGCUUGCUUGGCAUCAUUUGCCCUCAUGCUAGCUGGCUCCUUCCCAGGUGUGUAUGCACAACAAUGUGCCUCUGUAACCCAAAUUGUGAAAAGAACCGUGUGUUUACUUUGGUAACAUCUCCUGCCAACCAGUGGGUGAUAAACAGAUUUAUCUACUUAUUCAUUGUCCUUGCCUUGUUGAUUCGGGCUUGUAGGCGGUGCGUGUAUAAGCCUGAUUUUAUUCACAGGAA